GCAACUAGCAGCAGUUUAGAGUGGCACGCUGCAUGAAAGAGGGAGAGUCAGCACUUGUGAGAGAGUUCUGAGUUAGAGCUGGAACAAUGUGAAAACAAGGAUUGUCUUAUGUAAUCAUUCGAGGGUUUUAAAGAAAAAGGAGCUUUUAAAGAAGGACGAGUUCGUGGUGGAACAACCUCAGGUCAAGUCAAAUCCAGAAGUGUUUUAGUUGAGUUAACAGAAGAAGAGAGCCGCCUCAUAAAUCCCAUUUCCUGAAUAUGAGGUUUGGACUUUGAGCCGUCUGCAGACAGAGGGGGAGCGAUGACCGAACACCUGCUGAAAAUCCUGGUUGUCGGGGAUGGAAAUGUUGGGAAAACUUCCUUUGUGCAAAGAUACGUCAACGGACAGUUCAACAAGUCGUACAAGAUGACGGUGGGAGUGGAUUUUUCCGUCAAGCUGGUGCAGUGGUCGGACACCGAGAAGGUCCGGCUCCAGCUGUGGGACAUCGCAGGCCAGGAGCGUUUCAUAUCCAUGACCAGGAUCUAUUAUAAGGGCGCGUUGGGCUGUGUGGUGAUGUUUGACGUCACCAGCUCGUCCAGCUUCCUCAACUGUCGCCAUUGGAAACAGGAUUUGGACAGUAAGGCCACGCUGCCCAACGGACACUCCAUCCCCUGCAUCCUGUUGGCCAACAAGUGUGACCUGGCUCAGAGGGUCGUGUCCGCUGACAGCAUCGACAGGUUCAGUAAGGCCAAUGGCUUCCUUACAUGGAUGGAGACUUCAGCCAAAGACAACAAGAAUGUGGGAGAGGCCAUGAGGAGGUUGGUGCAGGAGAUUUUGUCGGUUCAGUCCAGUUUGGACUCGCCUCAAACUGAACCCCAAGACUCAGAUCUCCUUCAGCUGGACUCAGAGGACAACAACAGUGGAGCAGGAUGCUGCUGAAAAAAACCACAAACACAGCCAGGAGCUAAUCAAUGGACUGACUUGCUGUUAUCAAAGUUGCUGAUCGAGAGAGGAAAAACGAUGAGGAUGAAGAAGAGAGGGAUGAACAGGAGCAGAAGGAGCAGAGGGGAAGGUGUGUGUGCGCUUGCCAACGAGGUGCGGAGCGUGCACAGUGCAGCCGCCAAGCACCCUCCUCCAACAGGCUGAGUCAGGCAGACACAUGGCAUCCUCGUGCAAAUGGUGUGUAGGGGGGGGAUGUUGCAUGUGUGUGUGAGAUGAAGCUCCCACAUGACCUGUAAAGAGUACGCUUUUGAAUGUAGGCCUUCGACAUCAGAGAAGUGUGGGAACAUGUUGAUGCUGAAAUGGUUGUUUUCCAUAAAUUCAAGACUGAUGAUGUUUUUUGGAGUUUUAAUAAUUGAGCGAUGAAGCGGUCUAUAGUAUUGUCAGAGCAACUUUGAUAAACUGCACAAUCCUGAGAAUAACACAGAGAUGAAGCAGAAGGCAACUCAGCCGCUUCACAAAUAAUAUAAUAACAACAAACUUUAUUUUUAUAGCACUUUUCAAAUCAGGGGAACAAAGUGCUCUGGAAAAUGAAAAUAAGAUAGAGACGUGUGAGGAAGGCAAUGAUUCAUAAUAAGAAACAAAAUAGUGAGAGAUAAAAGAGCACGAGUUGCACAAAUCCCCUACAAGCACAUCUUCCAGAGGUUGGGGGGGGGGGUCCCUGAUGGAGAAGGCCCGGUCACCUUUGGUCUUCAACCUCGAUUGUGGCAUGGCGAGCAGAGCCUUGGCCGAGGAGCUGAGCAUGUAAGAGGUGAGGAGAUCAGAGAUAUGUACUUCGGUCCAGAGCGUGCUUUAUAAGUUAACAAUAAAAUCUUAAAAUCUGUAUUGGGAGCCAAUGAAGGGACGCUAAAACAGGAGGGAUGUGGUCUCUCAAAUGGAGGUCGGUGCUCUCAGAGAAGGACCUUAGACGUUCAUAUUCUAAUUGGACACGCCCCCUGCUUUGGAUCCUGUCUGAGAGAAGGAGUCCAUUGAAUGAUAUGAAUAAUAACAAAGAUAUCUGUCUGACCAAAUUGUUAUGAGCUUAUAUCGACAUUUUCCUUUUUUUGUGAUGUCCUGAAUGUACACCGCACAGAAACAUGACGGUGUUGUGAAUAAAUUAGCGAUACUAUUCCUGUGUGUUCUGUGCAGUUUCUUGACGGCAGAUGGCUCCAAAUAAACGUGAUAACCGCGUCCGCCAACGCUGCCGUGGAGACGAAGUCUGUCAGGUCAGCAAAUCAGAGAACACUCUGUCAUUACCAUCAGGAACAUGACACACACCUCAGUCGCUGCAGAAUUAAUCUAACACAAUUUGAAAGCGAACAUAUUCUAACCGCUGAAUUUGAUUAAUUAAUUUCCACUUCAAUCAAGAACGAGAUAGCAACAGUUCUUGAAGUUUACAUCUAUAUGCUGUUAUAUAUGAAAACUUCAAGCUGGAAUAAAAUGUGAAAUUUCCAACCACUUUAUUAUUCUUACUCGCGUCGUCAUAUAAACACAUAAAUGUUGGGGUUGUAAGGGAUGUGUGAAAACAAUUAAAGCACUUUUCGCAAAUGAUCAGGGGGGCGUAGCCCGAUUCAAGGCUUUUCAAAACCAAUUAUUGAUGAUGUCAAAUUCACUAAGUCUGCUUCUCAAGGUCAAUAGCCAUUACACGUACACUCAAAACCAAAAAUAAAUGUUGCUUUCAUGUGCAGCCUGCACGACUGCGUUUUUGAGGAGAUUCCAGUUUGAGCUCCUUUGAGUAUUUGUUCUUCCUUGUGGGACUUUUUGUCAGUUUUUUUUUGUGUGGGGCUUCAUUUCUUAUCGGUGACUUGGACGAGAGCUGGAGCUGUGACUCAGUCGUGCUCACUAUCUCUGGAGAACCCUCAACAUAAUGGGUGGUUUUUUUGGACAGAUGGACAAUGCACGGUUGUUUGGUCAUUUCACAAUAUGUACGUCAUGUGUUUUUUACGUUCAUAUAAACGGGGGCGCACAGUGUGUCAGCCAGUACGAGGGGCUCUUCAGUUGGACUCAUUUCCUGUAAUUGGACGUUUCUGCUGCACCUGAAGGUUUCUUUUUUUCAGAGGCUCAAUCAAGUCUACGAUGAUUAAAGACACUGAGGCACUGAGCAGCUAAUGGAGGAGGACAGAACGUAUCAACCUGGUAAAAUACAUUCAUCCAUGGACUGUAUGGAAGUAGCCACAGUGAUGUCACUCUUUGGUUUCUCUACACCGCCAUGUUGGUUUUCAGGAGCCAGACAUUACCAGAAUCAGAGGACAGGGUGGCAUAAUACUCUCUCGCUCACACAAACAUGAUACAAUAAAUGAUUCUGAAUCACACUGACAACAUUCUGCACACUCACACAGUUUACAUUACCACAGACUGUUUUCUGAACUAGCCAAACACAGCUGUUGCAGCACUCCAAAGACAGUCAACUAACUUCAAAAAUAACACGACGUAUUUGCAGUAACAGAAGUCUGUUUCUCUCUCAUUAAAUAAACAUCUGUGUC